GCGGCGAGGAAGGGAGAUGAGGAUGGACCGAGGGGAGGCAACGCGAGGCGUGCGGAGGGCUCCUUGCGCGUGGGAGAGCUCCCAGCAGCCUCUGCCCCCCAGCAGCCGAGGCAAGUGGGUGAGGCUCAACGUCGGCGGCACCAUCUUCCUCACCACCCGGCAAACGCUGUGCCGCGAGCAGAAAUCCUUCCUCUGCCGCCUGUGCCAGGGAGAGGAGCUGCAGUCGGAUCGGGUAAGCGAGCGAGCCCGGUGUGCCAGCGCAAAGGAUCGCGGUGUUUUCGCGGGACACGUGCGCGCCCUGCUCCUGCCGCGGGGAUCGGUUGCGCCUUCGGCUCGGGAGAACAAAGGAGACGCCGGAGGAAGCGCCCUCCGCCGCUCCCGUGUCCCUCGCUCAGCCGUGCACUUUGCAAGGCGCGCUCGCUGGAAGGAGUCGGGCUUGGCUUAUUUUUUAAUUUUUUAAUUUUUGCAAAGUCAUAAGGCUUGCAUUGCAAAUGUUGCUGGGCCGCUGGAUUUCCAUGCAUGCACCCACCCCCGGUCAGUUAUAUACAAGCCUCUCUCGCCUCCUUUCUGGCAUCUGGGAGAUUUGGAAGAGGCGUGCCGACGAAACGCAGCCGCUGAAGGAAUCAAGUCGUGGAGGAGGAGCCUGAUUCGGGAAGGAGCCUCGUACUGAGCAUACAGUAUUCGCAGAAUUAAAAUAAAAUGAAACGACGCCUGUUUACUCAGUAGCGUUUUCCCUCCGCGCGCCCGGGCAAUUGCAGCACCGCCUCCUUCUUAGUUUACUUGUGUGAUCAUCAGUUUCCCCGGGGAGGCAAUUGGGGUGUUUGGGCGCGCGCUCUGGAUUUCAGAUGCGCCUGAUUUACAGACCGCACUGAUGGGCGCACCCUCAGAAAUACGAGCGCCCAAAGCGAUGUAAGCGCCGCGUUUGCCUCUCCUCUCCCGCGUUGCUGGUUUGCCCCGCCAAGCCCUCACUGGACGCUGGUCGUCAGGACAGGGUGGCGCGCCAUGAAGGCUCUUUUGGCCAGCCUUCCGGGCGGCGAAUCCAAGGAGGUGUCCCAGAGCCCAAGGUGGGGCGUUCGGGCUGCAGUCUGGACUCGCUUAGCUGGGAGUCGGUUCCGUUGAAUCCAGUGGGGAGUAUUUGAGUAGAGAUGAGUAGGAUGUAUCAGUGUUGAAGACCAAGAGUUGAUCUUGGCUCUUGAUUGCUCUUGCAGUGAUAUAAAUACUUAAAGUAUGUUUUAUCAGAGAGAGUAAGCGAAUUUUUGAAGUACUGUAUGCAAUUUCAAAGUUUCAGCUUCCCAGUUUUAAAAGUCAUAGCUGCCGAGAGCAGAUGGAAGAAAGAAGUAACGCCAAACCUGCAAAUUUGGCUUACAAUAGCCAACAUUUUCUGUCUUCCCAAUCUCUCCCGAUUCCUUUCUCUCAAUAGCAUCAUCCUGUUCUGAGGCUUCCUGCCGCCUUGGCUCCUGUUCUUGGCCUCCUGCCUUCCAGCCCAGCACUUUCUGGCCACUGCAUUCUGUUGCAUUCAAUUUCCCCUAUCCUUAAGCAGCUUGCGAGAAGCUUCUUUCCCAUUCAAGCCAAUGUUUCACUUCCUUCACAGUAGUAAUGCUGACUUAAGAGUCCAGGACACCCUCUUCCUCAGUAGUUAGAUUUAUGAGCAUUCUGUGACAUCACAGCAACAGAGGGGACAUACCAUGGACUAUUGACAGCUAGCCAUCAGUCAGAUGACUGUUGACAAAUUGGAUGCUGUGUUUGGACACAAGCAUCUUUGGACACUUACUACUUUUGAGAUUUGGUGACCAGAGCUGUACAAUAUAUUCCAAGGUUUGUCCAAAGUAGGGGUGACGAAACUCUGGCACAUGGGCCUAAUAAGGCCCACUAGGCACCUUCAUUUUACCCACAAAUCCAUUUUGGUCAAGCCAUGCCCACCUGCCCUAUACCUAAUACAGUGGUACCUCGGGUUAAGUACUUAAUUUGUUCCAGAGGUCCGUCUUAAGCUGAAAUUGUUCUUAACCUGAAGCACCACUUUAGCUAAUGGGGCCUCCCACUGCUGCCGUGCCACCGGAGCACAAUUUCUGUUCUCAUCCUGAAGCAAAGUUCUUAACCCGAGGUACUAUUUCUGGGUUAGCGGAGUCUGUAACCUGAAGUGUAUGUAACCCGAAGUGUAAGUAACCCGAGGUACCACUGUGCAAGCUAUGUGGCAGGUCAUCAUUAUCUGGCUCAGCCAAAACUGGCCCUGCAAGAUGGUGUUUUGCAAGCGUCCUCUGAAGUCCCUUGCAAAGUGCUCUGCAAGACCUACACAUGCCUAAAACGACUCACUUGACAUUGCAGUGCAGUCAGGUGACUAUCAGGUGGGCAGACGUGCCCACCUAUAAAACUUGGGAGAAGACAAUGAUCAAGCCCACCAGCCACUUCCAGUUCCCCACCUCUAAGCUAAAGGCAUUAUGCUGCUAGCAGUUUUAUUUCCAUCUGGUUGGUUGGAUGGCCGUCAGUCUUGGUUGCUUUUGUUGAGAUUCCUGCAUUGGUGGGGGGCUUGGGUUAGACUAGGUGACUCUUGUGGUGGCUUCCAACUGUACGAUUCUAUGGUGACUGGAGCUGUACUCAUUAUAAUACACACCAUAGGUUUGUUUAAAGGCAUUUUGGUAUUGACAGUUUUGUUUUAGAGCACAAACAAUCCCUAGCAGGUAAUUUCUGUUUCCACAACUUCUGCACACUGGAUCAACAUUUUCUUUAAGCUCUUCACCAUGACUUCCAAGAUCCAAUUCUUGGUUGGUUACUCCCAGUUUGCCUUCCACCUGUAUAAAUGUGGUUAGGAUUUUGGUUCAGUGGCUCACUUUGCACUUGCUUACAUUGAACUGCAUUUGUCAUUGUACGGCCCAUUCUCCCAGUUUUGAACUGCUUUACAAUCACUUCUUGUUUGUACAUCCUGAAUAAUUUGGUUUGUCGUCAGCAAAUUUCGCCACCUUGCUUCACACCCUGACUCUUGGUCAUAUGCAAAACAAUUAGAAAGCACCAGUCUCUAUACAGAUCACUGGAGGAGCCCAUCUCUUGUAUUGUGAGAUUUGCCCAUUUAUUCCUCCUCUCCUUUAGUCAAGUUCUGACCCAUAAGAUGAUUUCCCCCCUCUUAUUUCAUGAAUGCUAAGUCUACACAACAAUGUAUAUUGGAUCACCCCUAUCCAGAUGCUUAUUAACACUCUCAAGGGUGGUUCAUGAGACAAGAUUUACACUUGUUUGUUGUCUGCUUCUUUUGUUUAGGAUGAGACGGGUGCAUACCUCAUUGAUCGGGAUCCCACUUAUUUUGGACCCAUUCUGAAUUUCCUCCGGCAUGGGAAGCUAGUACUGGAUAAAGAUAUGGCAGAGGAAGGUAAGUUUUCAGACUUGUGCAACUAUCGCACCCAAGUACAGGACUGCCUGAUGUUGCUUGGCGUGGCCAAUGGAACAAACUGAGUGCAUCAAGGCAUGAGUGAAGCUGACUGUAAGAAGUGGAUGAACUAGCCUAUAAACCAGUGGUAGGGAGCUUCUGAUCCACAGGCCUCCCCAUUUGGCCCAUGAGAUGCUUCGGGGGAAAAGGCUUAAACUGCAAAGUAACAGUCUUCAAGGAAAUGCUUUGUUUACAAUGCUGCUAACAUCCACUGUAAAUAGAGUGCUUGUGCCAUGGCUCUUGUGCUAUGACAGAUCCUCUUUCACUUUUUGUCCCUGCAUCCAUGACGUGUGUGCGAAAGGAAUGUCAACAUUUACCGUAGUUCCAUUUACAGAGUACAGGGAAUGGAGCUAAUAUAUUGUCCUGUGAUGAUGAUGUUUUGAUCCUUGAGAAUACUCUUGUGCUUUCGUGUCCUCAGUGUUUCAGAUUUUGUCCUCUUGGUACAAAGAGAGAAUUCAAAGCAAAACACUUUGUUCCAGGGCCAUGAAGAAUAAGGUGCCAGCUCCAGGUUUAAUGGGGAGGGGAGCUUGGGCAGGAUGCCCUCAUGGGGGAGGGGGGGCUCCAUCCCGCAGUGAGUCUACACCCUCAUUGCUUUUGUUUUUACAGGUUUUUGCUCCUCUGCCGCUUCAUUGUUACCACUUGCAUGCUUGCCAGACAUAGUCAAUAAACAAGCAGGCACUGGGAACUUCACCAUCACUUGCUUGCCCUCCCUUCUGAGCCAGAGGCAAGCAGAACAGAUUGUCUAAGGGAUCACAUAGCUCCAUAUAUACCUGCCAGGCAACUGUGCUCCUUAGACGGUGCACUGCUAAGAGCACUAUGUGCUCCAGAGGUGCACUUAGUAUGCACUAGAAACCAGGCAUUUAAGUUCUGCAUCUCCAUUCCUUUGGAAUCAUUUGGCAGCUGAAGUGAGACUUCUUAUUCCAAUUGCAUCUCUUACUUCAAUUGCAUCUGUGCUAUGUAGAUCUUUGCGUUCCUUGCCUUGUUUUUGAUUCUGGACUUGGCUUAUCCACACGCUUCCAUUCUUACUAUAUUAAUUUAUGUUGUCUUCUGUGUAUGUAUCUAGGCAAUUUACAAACAUCAUAGAAACAGCGAAAAUAGUUUUAAAAACUGUACCAAACAUAACUGAAGAGAGGUUUAAAAACAAUACAAAAAGAAAAUCUAAGGCAGAGAACUUUUCAUCCGGCUGGAAAAGCCUGUUUGAACAAAAAUAUCUUCCACUGUUUCUGGAAAGUUCAGAUAGUGGGUGCCUAUCCUAUCUUGACACGAAUGAUGUUCCACAGAACAGCGACAACCACAUUGAAAGCCCUGCUCCAAGUUACUGUGGAGUGGGCUUCUGAUAUUUUAGUCACUUGAAGAGGUAACUUUCCUGUAGAAUUCUGAGGCCUACUGGGUACAUAAGGAACAAGGAGGCCUCUCACGUAACCUGCUCCGCAUUGAACUUGGCAGAGUAGCAGAUUGGCAGGUAGUGCACAUCCCACAAACAAAGGUGUUGUAUGCUGAUGGCACUUGGCUCCUACAGAAAAACAAUCUAGCCGCUGACCUGCACCUCCAAACCAGCUUAUAUCGAGCACAUUGCAGUAAAUCCAACUUGGAGGUUACCAGUGUGUGGGCAAUUACAGCCAAGCUGUCUUGACUAGGGCUGGGCAAUGUCAGGUUUUCAACAUUGUGAUGUAUUACCAGCCAAACAUUGCGAUCUGGCAGCACAUUGUGAUGUUGAAAGGGAGGAACAAGCUGCAUUGGCCCUGGCCCUGCAAGGUGUUGGGGUGAAACCGCUGCCCCCCCCCCCAUGCUGAGGAAGUUUGCGGUGGUUUCACUCUGGUCACUUGUGGGGUGGGGAAGAGGCAGCUGGCGCCAGGAGGAAGAGGCUGCCUGCCCGUGCGAAGGCGGCGAAGAUAGCUCUGCGGAUGGAGCCUGUCAGGAUUUGUCUGCAGGGGUCCCUCGCCACCUUCACAUAGGUGGGCGGCUUCUUUAAACUGCUCUACUGAGGGGUGCACAGCUGUCAGAGCCUCAGCAGAGAGGUUUAACGAAGCCCCCAUCCUGUGCGAUGGCAGAGGGACUUGGGAGCAGUGGUGAUUUCAGCCGUGAUACAUCUUCCAGGCUUAAUCUCGAACCCGGAGCAGGUGUAGCUAUCUUACCAGCUUAAGCUAUAUCCUAAUAAAUCACCUCUUUCUCGGGGGAAUGGGGGUAGACAAGUCAAGAUCAAGAGUUGUCUCUGAGCUGCUCCACUUUUCAUUCAUUUUCUGCAUCGCAAGCCAGGAGUAAACACAGUGGAAGAAAUGCUUGCUCUGACAAGCAGUUAUGGAUGACCCUGACUGGUGGCGUGGUUGCAAUUUUGGUAUUCUACUUUUAUCCUCACCCCGUUUCUGGGAGCUGGAGCAUUGGGCAUGGGCAGGAAACGGAAAGCUCAUCAAGGUCCUCUUAAACGUUGAUGACUAGAACGUCUGUGGUCAUGUCAAAAAAGGAAGGUCCUCUCCCUCAUCUCCCGCUGCCCCCUGGGAUUGAAGCUUUCAGUGGCCAUAGUUGUUUAUUCACCUGCUUCUGCAGAAGGAAACAGAUAUUGCAGGGUCAAGGUUCGAAAUAAGAUGGUGUGUCUGAGCGGGUUCUGGGUAAUAACAGAAUGCUGGUUCCUAAGCAUCGUUCUGUUUCCACUGUGGAUUCAUUAAGUGUCUAUUGCUACUGCUAACUAGGCAGCGGAGGAGGUUGUGCAUGCCUCUGGGGAGGCGAUGGAUGCAAAUAACCAGAGAUUAACAUAGCAGAUGACAAAUGCUUAUUUGCCUAUGUUGCAAGACGCAGCAUCUCAUGUUAACGAUCGAAAGGCAAUAUAUAUCCCUAUAUCUCUUACUGAGGUCACUAAUUUGUCUUUCUGGAUAGGGUAGCCUUCUUCAUGGGUCCAAAACUUGUUGAUUAGUUGAUUCUCCUUGGUUGACUAAAAGGGGUUCAUUGGACGGAGACUUUAUUUUCUUGAAGCUGACCUCAUUUGCACCUCCCAUCAUUCUAUGUCCCAUUUCUCUUCUGUGAUAGAACAUAAUUUAGGAGGGGGAAUAGUCUUCUUUGCUCCAGCAGGGCAUCAGAGAGCUCAAUCAUUAUUUUCCAUUUUUCAUGAUGCACAGCUUGCCCUUCUGUUUAGAACUAUUCACGAGAGGCUGUUCCAGAACCCUGCUCAGGGGCGUAGAAACCAUUUCACCCGCAUUAAUCCCACACUGAAUAAUGGGACAGUUGCUUUCACCCCCCUCCCCCACUUAACCUAAAUGGGUCGCCUUCAUUUGAGUACCAACCCCAUGUAUUCAUGGAUUAUUGUCUCCUCUAUCUUUGGCACUCUGUGCUUGUAUUCAUUUAAAGUCUUCUCCAUACUUACUGAUUUAUUCAUAUAUCUCUUCAUCACCCUUAAGAGUGUGCAAUAGGUGCAGAAUUCCAUGCUUAUGUGAAACUGCUAUCCACACACGAGGACACAGGGCUGCCAACAGGAUUGCUGGGCCCUGGUAAAGGUGUGGAUUGGGCCUUCAGCUCCAUUCGCAAAAGAGGAGACAAAUCUGUACCACAUUUUGCAUAUGCUCUGUGUCACAUGCAAACUUGUACUAUCUUUUGUGGGUAGGGUGGAGGGCUAAAAAAACAAAUCUCUCUGUGUGUGCACACCCAUGUAGGAAGAUAUCUACCGUAUUUUUCGCCCUAUAGGAAUGAAGGGGAAAUGUGUGUGUGUCCUAUGGGGCGAAUGCAGGCUUUCGCUGAAGCCUGGAGAGCGAGAGGGGUCGGUGCUCACCAACCGCUCUCGCUCUCCAGGCUUCAGGAAGCUAUCCGCAAGUCUUGCAAGCCUGGCGGGAGGUCCCGCGGGCUCGCAAGGCUUGCGGGCAGCAGCCUGCAGCCCAAAAGCUCGGGGGACAGCGGGGAGGCGCAGCGCCGCCACCCCGCUAUUCCUUGACCUGGUCUGGAGGCUGGGGGGGGGGGGAGAAGCAAGCUUGCUUCUCCCCCCUGCCAGCCCCACAAGCUCGGGGGAUAGCGGGGAGGCCUCCCUGCUGUCCCCCGAGCUUUUGGGCUGCAGGCUGCUGCCCGCAAGCCUUGCGAGCCCGCGGGACCUGGUCCGCUCCGUCUCCCUCUUCUAGCUUGGGGAUGGCUGCGCAAAGCCUCUGCAGGGCAGCGGAGUGCGCUGCCCCACAGAGGCUAGGGAGGCUGUCCCUGAAGGCAGAAGAGGGAGACGGAGCGCUCCAUCUCCCUCUUCUAGCUUGGGGAUGGCUGCGCAAACCUGGGGCAUUUCCCUAAAGCACCCUGGAUAGCAUCACUGCUGGAUUGUCGUUCACAACUCUCUCUCUCUGAGCCCCUCUCCAAAGUGUUAGUAUAGCAAUAUGUGAGCUAUGCUUUUUCAGGCACAAUGUCCCCCCCCCCCCAAUAUGGCUAGACUAAUCAUAGCAUUUUUUUCAGUGUUUACAUAGGAGGAAAAUACAUUAUUGCACAAAAUUAAAUUUGUUAUAGUUUUCACCCCCAAAGGCCUUUGAAAUCCAGCUUUCGCAUUAUUAAAGGUAAAUGUGCUCUAAAGGUGUUCCAGGACCUAGACUAGUAUUGUCCUGAAUAUAUGUGGACAUGCUGUUUGCUUUCCAAGUGCUAGGUUCUGCUUCCAAUUUAAUUCUUCCGAUUUACAACUUCUGUCGUAUGUGCCUCCCAGCUUCUCACUCUCUGUGGGUGUGUGCAUGUGUACACUUCCCACAUUUGUAUACGUGUGUGUGUGUAUAGUGGCCAUUUGCUGUUUCAGUUUUGAGCACUGUUAAAAGAGUGCUGGGUUGUAUUUUCAACAUUAGCUGCAGCAUUUUCCUUCCUUUGCUCUCAUUUACAUGAAGUGCCCCUCUGGGGUUGCCAUCCUUAAGGUCAACUGGGACAUCUUUAUAAUUGUGGCAUCUCUGCGAAGUCUUUUUACUUUGCAAAGGGCAUAAAUACCAAUGGUAGAAAUAAAUACUGUAAUAAAAUGAUGGGCCUUUUCUGCAGUGGUUCCCCAUUUGUGGGAUGCUUUCCCCAAGGAGCCGCACCUGGCGCCUUUAUAACAUAUCUGUAGGCACCAGGCAAAAACAUUCCUCUUCUCCCAGGCCAGGCAUCCCCAAACUCGGCCCUCCAGCUGUUUUGGGACUACAGUUCCUAUCAUCCUUGACCACUGGUCCUGUUAGGGAUGAUGGGAGUUGUGGUCCCAAAACAGCUGGAGGGCCGAGUUUGGGGAUGACUGUCCCAGGCCUUUGGCUAAUGAAAUAAUCUGACCUUUUAAACUGGGGGGGGGGGGCAUAGUUUUUGUUCGUUACUACCUUAUGAAUUUUUGUGUUUUUAUAUUGUAAGCUGCUCUGUGAUCCACAAAUGAAGGGUAUAUAAUAGUAAUAAUUUUUAGCAUUUAUUUAAACAUUAGCAAUAAUAACAUUCCCUUCCCCCCGCCCCUGUAGCUUUCUUUUCUUUCCGUAUUUUCUUGUUAGCUUUGAAUUUCCUUUCUGGGGUCCAUUGUAUAGCUAGAAUCAACUCUGUCCGGCAUUCAUUAAGCCGAUAGCUGUUCCUCACUACACACCCUUUGAAAAACCCCUACUUUGAACAUAGUUAUCAACUUAUUUAGAUUUGGAAUCUUUUUCUCUUGCAAGUUGUAUCUUGGUGCUUGGUAUGCAGACUGCAGUUACUGGUAUUCGCCCUGCCUCUAGGAAAUUUAGACUCAUUUGACUCCACAGUGCUGUGGAAGUCUUGGCUUCAGGCAGCGUGCACAGAAACAAGCUCUAAAACUAAAAGUGUUUUCUUCAUCUUCUCUUAAGAGUUCUGCCCAGCCACAAUUGAACCACUAUCAUUUUCGAAAGAAGAGCCAACAAUCCUUUGCUUAUGUUAUGAAACCCAGGUUUCUUUUCAUUGCCCAUUACUUUUAGCUAUCAGUUUAGUUCCUCUUCACCAACCCAGUGCCUUCUGGAUAUUGCUGUACUACAACUCCCAUCUGCCCCACCAAGCACGCUGGGUGGCCUUGAGAUUAAUUGCUCUGAAGCCUAACGACCUGCCUCACGGGUGUGAGGAUUAAAAAACAGAAGGGGUGGAGGAGAGCUUUGUGUGCUGCAAUGAACUUGCAGGAAACAUGGGAUGGCCAUGUACGUAACAGGGUGCUUCACCCACAAAGGAAGAAUGGGAAAUGAAACUGAUGAGGUAUGCAGAAUUAGCAAAUCUAACAAGUAACAUUAGAGAACAAGAAGAGACUAGAUUUAAAGAAGACUGGAAAGCAUUUGUAGAUUAUUAGAAAAACUAUUGUAAAAAUGUUAAGGCACUAGUCGGUUUGGAGUAAGCUCAGCUGUUUAAAAUUAUAUGGAGGGAAAUAUUAUAAGUUUAUUUAUUUGGUUUGUCAAAGUAACAUUUUACAGAGAUAUAUCAAACAAAAUUAAUAAAAACAGGAUUCCAAGGAAUCUCCUGGACUUCCAUUCUCCCCUUUGUGGGUCCUAUUAUUAAUCAUUUCCUCCCGCAUCUUUUAUGAUAAUCCAAAUCCUUUACAUUUCCAUUGUGUCCAGAAUUCAGCCUUAAACUACAAGUAAUAUUCCAAUCCUACUCACUAUAUGGAAGGAAAUAUAGAGGUAAAAUGGCUUUGCUUAAAAUAGAAUAUGCAGCAGUAACCAUUAAUUUAAAGAAACCAUGGAAGAUGGGUGGGAAGUCUUAUUUUUUAUGUCCUUCCUGUUUUUAUUUCUUUAUUUGUCAUGCUUGUAUUUUGAAAAAAAAAGGUAUAUAUAUUUUUUUAAUGUAUGAAAGUAAAUAAGAGGAUGGCCUUGCUAGUUGGUUCUUAUGUGUUUGGAGUACACAUGUGAUUCAGCCUACCCAUGGGAUCAAAGCAUCCCUAUGGAGCCAGCAACAAAGGAGCACAUAAGAAAAUAAGAGCCUGCUAGAUCAGAGUCCAUCUAGUGGAGCAUCCUGUUCUCAAAGUGGCCAAGCAGAUGCCCAUGAGAAGCCCCAAAGUAAGACCUGGCUGCAAUAACACUCUCCCUUCCUGUGGUUUUGAGCAACUGGUAUUCAAAAUUAUGUUGCCUCAAAUCAUGGAGGCAGACCAUAUCCAUCAUGGCUAGUAGCCAUUGAAAGCCUUUAGCUCCAUGAUCAAGGUGUCUCUGAUGUUGGAGAGAGGCUGAGUUGAGAAAAAAGACCAAGGGUACAUAUUGAUGUAGGAAUGUAUUAGAUAAAAUGUAAAGAAAUAUUCAAUAAUAAGAGUACAUUCAUUUGAAAAAAAGGAAUAUACAACGGGAUAGACAGGAAGUCCAAAGUGUUGGUAUAUAUAUAUGAUUUUGGAAUAGUUUUUUUCCCUUGUUUUUUCCCCUUUUCUUUUAAUAUAUAAACUUUGUAUACACGUUGAAAAUUAUAUUACAAUAAGCCUUGUCAUGUAAUAUACCGGUAAUAGUUUACCAAUGUAACAUAAGAGCUUUAAUAAAUAAAUAAAAUUCAAAAAUAAUAAUAAUGAAAGCCUUUAGCUCCACAAGGUGUGUAUGGCACGAUAAAUCUGCUUGUCUUUCAAGUGCCCGGUUAGCUCAAGCGCCCAGUGAAUUCACCCUUCCUCGCUGUACGUGGACUUAGGGUAUGAGCCCUGCUUCCCAGAGUCGCUGCUAAUAGCAGGCUGCUUUUCAAAAUUUCAUCUGUGUAAUCUUUAAACUUCUGCAGCAAUAUAACUCUGACUCAGGAUCCAGAAUUAACCAGCUGUCUGGUUAUAGAAUGACUAGAUGAUGGUAACAAAGGAUGAGUAUUUUUAUCGAGAGCUGCUUGACAGUGAGUCAGCUCAGUGGCUCGGUGCUCAUUAUUUUAUCUCUUGCGCUCUCUGCCUUUAUUUCUAGGGGUUCUGGAAGAAGCCGAAUUCUACAACAUCGGGUCUCUAAUCAGGCUAAUCAAGGACAGACUGGAAGAAAAGGACUACACUAUAACACAGGUGUGAAUGGAAUGGCCCCAGAAGGCCUUUGGCAAUAAAAUAAAAAUACUAACAAUAACAGGGAGCCUUCAUGUAUGAGGUGAAAACCAGGGGCUUUGCACCUCCCCAGAAUGGCAGAAUAUCUUAAAUUCCACCUUCUGAGGAUGCGCAAGCAGGAAAUCUUGCAGAACUGGUAUAAGAAAGAAGGCCAAUCUUUCAUCCCCCCAGAGGAGGAAGUGAAUGAAUCUGGUUGUUUUAAUUUCUGAGCACUCCCUAGCCUGGAUCUCAGAUUACAGUUUUAAUUGCAAAGUAGAAAAGGGUGGUGAAUCAUUGCUGGGAGGGAUACUCCUGAGAUUCUGCUUCUCUGCAUGGUUUGGAGAUACGGGGAGGCAGGAACAGAGAGAAAAUUGGAGAAAAUAAAUUGUUUGAGAAGCAGAGGGAGAUCUGUGGACACUCAAUGGAAUGGGGGCAUUCCAGACUUCUGGGCUCUUGUCCCUCAUGGUAGCAGUAUGACAAGAAGCCAGCACACCUUUCAAGCAGCGUAAGAAACUCAGAUAUAUAAGGUAAUUGCCAAAUGGCACCUAGAACCUAAGUUACGGUCGCCACAGCAGGACAGCUAGGCUCCAUUCCCUCCACCCAAUGAAAUAUAUUAUUAUUUCAUUUCGUUUCCAUACCACUUUACAUUUUAAAGGGGGGGGGGGAGAAUCUCAAAAGCGGUUUACAACACAUUAAAACAUUCAAUAGAACAAAUUCAGGCUUCAAGGGAAAUCUCUCUGAUCCCUCUCUAAGUGACAUUUUGCUUCCCCCAUAUUUUUUUAGCUGCUUAAUUUAUAUAGCUGCUGCAUAGCAGGAGCCAGUGUAGUGUAGUUGUUGGAGUGGAGGACUAGGACCUGUCUGGAUUUUCACUUUUUGAAAUAUGACAACCCCAUCUUAACCUACUUCACAGGGUUGUUUUUGUAAUUAACUGAGGAGAGGGAUAAACCAUGUAUUCCUUGGAGGAAAAGGUGGGAUAUAAAUAAGUGCUUCUGCUUACCUACUUAAGAAAGCUGGAGAGGAGAGGCCAGCCAGGUGGAGAUGUCUGUCACCAACUUGGCAUGCAGAGGUCUCCAUGUGGUUGCCAUUGGACCUGUGCCAGUUGCAAAAUGUGCCUGGGGAAUUUCUAGCAUGGCUUUCAAAGAAAGGCUCUAGUAACCUGCCUUAAGGCAGGGCAGGCACUCUGCUCAUCUUGCUCAGUGUUGUCUGUUUUGAUUGGCAGUGGCUGGAAGGCUGAAGUCUUUCACGGCAUGGGCUGCUGAAUCCUUUUAACUGGAGAUGCCCAGGCUUGAAACCUGGGACCUUCUGUUUGCGAACUGUGGUCUGUCUCAUCCCUGUUCUGAACGCAUCCGGUCUACUGACUGUUUCCCUGCCACAUGAGAGGUGCAGAGGACGCCUUUGAGUCAGGAGCUGGCAGCCAACUGAAUUGAUGAGGAAAGCCUCAAAGAAUUAUUUGCAUAGGUGCAUCGGAAGGGGCCUUAUACCAAGACAGGCUAUUAUUGGUCCAGCCAUCUCAGUUUUGUCUCUGCUGACCAGCAGUGGAUCUCCACAGUUUCAAGCAGUUUUUCCCUGCCAUACCUGGAGAUACCAGGGCUUGAACCUGGGCCAAUUUGCAGGUAGAUCAUUUGAUCUACUACUGAGCUUACAGCUGCUUCCCAAAAACAGAUGUAAAUUCUCACAGCCACCAAUUGCUUCUCGCUUUGAUUUUCUGCAACAAGUAGAUAGUGCAGGCAGAACUAUCUGAGGCCCAGUGUUGUUGAUAGCCCCAUCUGGCUUGGUGUCCUAAUGAGAAUCUGCAUGGAUGAAGCGGUCUGCUUUUUCAUCUCAUACCGGUGUUUCCUGCUUUUUUUCCUAGGUGCCUCCGAAACACGUGUACAGGGUUCUGCAGUGUCAGGAGGAAGAACUCACGCAAAUGGUUUCUACUAUGUCAGAUGGAUGGCGUUUUGAACAGGUAUGCAGGAAGAGGUGGGGUUAUAUAAAAAGGAAAUGGAUUUCGCCAGGGUUUAGCUUCUGCAGAAUCUCAGACACCCAGACAAGCGCCACUUGGCUGCAACAGAGGGGAAUAUAGGAAGCAGAUCUUACCCACUGAGAGACCAGCUAUGUUGGGCUUCUCUCCCUCAACUGUUUCCAUUCAUGCUGGUCCUUAGCAAAACCUUGUAACUUAAGAAUUGGUGUCUAUUACCCCCAACUCUCCCCAUUACUUGUUUGUUUGUGUUGUGUCCUUUCUCUGUAUUUCAGGGAUGGUAAACCUGUGGCCAUGCAGGGAGUGUUGGACCACAUCUCCCACCACCACCCUCUGGCCAUUAGCUCUGCUGUCUGGGACUGUUGGGAGUUAGACUUCAACAACUUCCCCAUCCCUGCUCUUUUUGCUCAUGCAUGCUUUUAAAGUGGCCGCAUGCCCAAAUCUUUACCAACCAACAAAGACAGGAAGUGUACACAUUUACUGCUUCAUUUUUAGCAUUCCUUCACUACUUUCAAAAGCAGUUUGCUCAAAGGUGGCCUACAGAGCCUUGGAGCUUCCCAUUUUUACUGAAUUUGGUUCAGAGAAGUACUGAAUGUUCCUCACUUGGCUUACUUUGCAGUAAAAGGCAUUCUCUCCUUUUCCACUUCUCAGCUGGUGAAUAUUGGGUCGUCCUAUAAUUAUGGGAAUGAGGACCAGUCGGAGUUCCUGUGCGUGGUCUCCAAAGAGCUCCUCAGCUCGCCCAGCGGCCUGUGCACUGAGCCCAGCCGGAAAGCCAAGGUGAGAGCAAAUCACUAGCAUCUCGAAUUUUUACCAGUUCCAUGUUUUCAGAUACAGAAUUAUAGAAUUGUAGAGUUGUGAAAGGGACCCUGAGGAUCAUCUAAUCCAACCCCCUGCAAUGCAGGAAUAUGCAGCUGUCCCAUACGGGGAUCAAACCUGCAACCGUGAUCAGCCCCACACUCUAACCAGCUGAGCUGCGAAGAAUCUAAAUGACAAGCUGGUUAAGACUACACUACUUUGCUUUGGGCCAUGAGGCACCCUUUCACAUCAAAUGGAAGGCACAGGGGCAUCUUUCACAAUGGCCAACUAGAUCCCAUGGGAAACCUGCAAGUAGGACAUGAGUUCAGUCAUCUUCUCCCAUUCAAGAUCCUCAGCAUCUGGUACUGGGAGACAUGCAUCCUCUGAUACUGCGGUAACACCUAGCCAUUGUGGCUAGUGGCUGUUGAUGGCUGCAUUGUCCAUGAAUUUGCCUGAUUCCCCUUUAAAGCUCUCUAAGUUGAUGGCCAUCACCACAUCCCAUGGCCGCAAGUUCCAUAGUUUUAACUAUGUGCUUUGUGAAGUAAUAUGUCCUUUGGUCUGUCCUGAAUCUUGGACUGUUUAGCUUCAUUGGGUGAUGACCUUCAAGUUCUUGGAUUAUGAGAAGGGGAGGGGAAAUCAAACCACACAUAAUUUCAUACCCACUUUCUUUGCUAAACAUGGAAAUGUGGCAGAACCCCACCAGAGAGCAAGCAUCUCAUACCUGCCUACCUGGUCCUUUGCUUGCUAUUCUAGAACAAGUUGAAUUUCCCAGGAGGCCUGACUUGACGAAUAUAAGAAUCCCUAAUGUUUGUGUAGUGCUGUCAAGUGUCCAGAGCUUUUUGCAGGCAUUAUCUAGUUGCAAUCUUUAUAGUACUCUUGUCAGGAAAAUCAGUAUUAUCCCCAGUAUUGCCAUUGCGAGGUUUGAAGCUGAGAGACGGUGGUUUGCUUAGGUCCAUCUCAUGCAGUGGUGGGGAAGCCCAGGACUGGGGGGCAAAUACAGCUCUCCAAAGCCCUCUUACCUGGCCCUUGAUUCUCAGGCUGCAGCCCAUCUCCCAAGUCACACCAUUCCCAUAUCUGUUCCAGCUUUACCUCAAAAGCCUUUGCCAUUCUGGUUCUGUGAAAAUGCCUCUUGCUUGCCUGUGUGCACGAGGGAGAGAUGGCACGUUUGUGCCUAAUGAAUACAGGCAGGAACUGGGUCUGUUGCUCAGCACACACUCUGCUGUCCAAGGUUCCCCACCCCUAACCUAGUGAGUUCGCAGCAGAGGUGGGAUUUGAACUGGAGGCUUUGAUUCAUCACUGAGCCUCUUAGCUGCCAUACUAUACCAGUUCUUUGAACCAGGAACUGCAAUUAUUUCAUAAGAUCGUAAGAAGAGCUUUGCUGGAUCAGGCUAAUAGCCCAUCAAGUCCAGCAUCCUGUUCACACAGUGGCCAGCCAGAUGACAGUGGGACCCCCACAAGCAGAAUCUGAGCCCAUGAGCCCUCCUCCGUUAUUUCCAGCAGCUGAUAUUCAGAAGCACUGUUGCCUCUGUCCGUGGAGAAAGAGCGUAACCAUCUCCCGCUUGGACUACUGCAAUGUGCUCUACGUGGGGCUACCUUUGAAGGUGACCCAGAAACUACAACUAAUCCAGAAUGCGGCAGCUAGACUGGUGACUGGGAGUGGCUGCCGAAACCAUAUAACACCAGUCCUGAAAGCCCUACAUUGGCUCCCAGUACAUUUCCGAGCACAAUUCAAAGUGUUGAUGCUGACCUUUAAAACCCUAAACGGCCUCGGCCCAGUAUACCCGAAGGAGCAUCUCCACCCCAAUCGUUCAGCCCGAACACUGAGGUCCAUCUCCAAGGGCCUUCUGGCAGUUCCCUCACUGCGAGAAGUGAGAUUACAGGGAACCAGGCAGAGGGCCUUCUUGGUAGUAGUGCCCACCCUGUGGAACGCCUUCUCAUCAGAUGUCAAGGAAAUAAACAAAUAUCUGACUUUUAGAAGACAUCUGAAGGCAGCCCUGUUUAGGGAAGUUUUUAAUGUUUGAUGUUUUAUCGUGUUUUUAAUAUUCUGUUGGAAGCUGCCCAGAGUGGCUGGGGAAAAUCCAGCCAGAUGGGCAGGGUAUAAAUAAUGAAUUAUUAUUAUUAAUUUUAUUAUCCUGGUUAGUAGCCAUUGGUCCCUUCAUCCUCCAGUCCUCUCUUACAGCUAUCAGUGUUGGUGGUCAUCACGGCCUCUUGUGGGAGUGAGUUCCAUAGUUUAACUAGUUUCUUUUAUCUGUCCCGAAUCUUCCAACAUUUGGCUUCAUUGGAUGUCCAUGAGGGUUAGGAAAGAGUGAGAAAAACUAUUCUGUAUCCGCUUUCUCCAUGCCAUGCUUUUUUUAUAUAUAAACUUCUAUCAUGCCCCCUCUUACUUGCCUGUUCACUAAACUGAAAAGUCCCAAAGACUUCAGUCAUUCCCCAUAGGAGAGUCUCUCCACCCCCUUGAUAAUUUUGGCCGCCCUUUCGUGAACCUCUCAAGAACCCAAAUCCUUGCCUACAGAGCACCUGCCUUGUGUGCAGAAAGUCACAGGUUCAAUCUAGUAGCUAGACUUGUAAGUAUUUGUGCUCCACCUUCCUUUUUUGUACUGCAUGCUGGGAUACAGAGCACAGAGGAGGACCUAGAGGAGGAAGAGCAGAAGGAAGCGGAGCUGCAGGAGGAGGAGGAAGAGGAGAAGGUGGUGGAGCAGGAGCGAGAGGAAGCCGGAGUGGAAGAGGAGGAGAAAGGUGCAGCCAACCUCUGAAGACAGCCAGGAACAAAACUAAUAUCGAACCUUAAAGCCACAUGCUCCCUUUUCUGGCGGGAGCAGGUGGGGGGAAGCACGAAAGGGGUGCUUCUGCAGGUGAUGCUUAUGCAGGGAGGAAGCAAUACCUGGUGGCUAAAGGCUCAGGGAGGGUGGGGGGAGAUCAGUUCAUUUCGGAAGCCACUGCAUUUAGGUCUAAACCACGUGUGUGUAGUGGUGUUUUUCUUUUUCUUACUUCUGAAUUUGUUGCAGAUUGGAAUUGUGUCUACCCCAGGGUUCCUCCAAUUCCCUCCCUGCCCUCUUCCCUUUUGGGUUCCUCUUCACUUUAGCUUUUUCAACUCGUGCACAUUUCUCCCUGCCUUGCCAAUCCUUCUUUCCUCACCUUCUUUCUUCUCUCCCUGAGCCAGCAAAGAUCUUUUAUUCUUUCCCAGCCUAGAUCUCUUCCUCCUCCUCCUCCUCUGCCAGCCCAGUCCUGGUCUGCACUCCCAGACUUGGACGAGUGACUCCCACUCCCUUCCCUUUGCUCGGACAUUUGGGUGGGCUUAGUGCACCCUUGUCCUGAAUUUGUCUUCCAGGGUAGCCCUUGCAGCCCCGGAGUGGGAUGAAGAAACUUGGGGCAGAAGAGAAAUGCAAUUCGGCCAGGGAGCAGGGGAGAGAUAGCUGCCUGCAGUGAACCUCUGAAGCUGCCUUUAUAGCAAGAAUGUGAAACCUGUUGCCCUCCUAGCUGUUGUUAGACUCCAUCAUCCUGGAUGAUUGGCUAUGCCAGCUGGGGCUGAUGGGAGAUGGAGUCCAAUAACAGUGGGAGAUUCACAGGUUCCCCACACUGCUCUAUGGCAGAGUAGGCCAAUAGCCCACCCAGUCUACUGCUGUCUAUUUUUUGAUGGACAACAGUUCUCCAAGGUCUCUGUCUGGAGUCCAAGCGCUAUUCCUUGACCCUCAUAGCUGGAGAAGCCCGAGAUUGAGCCGGAGCCUUCUGUGUGCAAAACAUGCUUCUCUCCAUUCAGCAGCAGGGCAGGCACUUGGUGCUAAACCAGAGAAACCCACAUCCUGUACUGCAGGAGUCCAUGUAUCUGUGCUCAGAAUAAAUCAAUGCAGAUUUGCAUUGCAUGUAAUAUGCUUAUUUCUCGUUAUGGUGCUUAAGCACUAUUGCGGAGGGCAAGCGGCGUGGUCUGGGAAAACUAGCAGGAGGAGAAAUCGGGGCCUAGGUGCAGGAUGGGGAGGGGCAGGAAUCGAUGCAACACAUAGCAGAUCUGCUCCAUGUCCACCUCCCUUCCCCUAAUAGUCUUGGUUACUCGUUUUCCGCAGGGGCUGCUCCUCUCUCCUAGCGCAUCCGCCUCCCUUCAACAAGCUCACAACCUUUAAGCCUAGAAACUGAAAAUUUGGAUUCGCAAGAAGCCAGAUUCUGUGGCCAGGCAUUGUCCACAAUCCAAUACAGAGUUAAGUGCUCUUAAGGAUACUGAUUUCAACUGAAGGUGGAAACAGAAGAGUGUAGCAAUCAUUUUCAGUAUCUUCGUACAAGCUCUAUUCAUAGAAGCAGCUAUCUAAUCCUUUGGAGGGGAGGUGUGGAUCUUGCUGGUACUUUGCUUGCAAGUUCCCACAUCUGCCUUCCUUCCGAUAAUUGUAAAAACUUACGUUUUCUUGGCAGGAACAGAUAUUGCACUGUAGCUCCUGGUCCAUGAGAAGCGUUCCCUCUUCCUCAGAAUUAGAACUCAGGAUAUAGCAGAAGGGCUGUCUUUUCCAUUACGAAGAAGCCCUCAUUGUCCUCUGCAAUGAGAGCUGGAGAAUUUGGUUCUAGGAGUGCAGGCUUCUCCUUUCUCCUUCUGUGCAGGAACCUCUUCAAUCCACUGUGGCUUGAUAAUAUCACAUCGCCCUUCAGGCUACUAGUGCUUUUAUGUGCAUGACCCCUGCCCUCCCUCCCUCCGUCUCUCUCUCUCUCUCUCUCUCUCUCUCUCUCUCUCUCUCUCUCCCCCCUUCCCUCCUUCCACUUGCCCCUCUUCUGCUGCCUCCUUCCUCGGUCUUAAUCCAGCUUUCUCCCUUUCAGUUGGCUUCUCUGGCUUUGCUUGUUCUUGUCACUUUAAGCUGUUACAAACCAGAUGUCUCAGGAUAUGAUGCUGAUCAAUGUUUUUUUUUUAAAUGUUAAUUUUAAAGUCUUUAUUUUUGUACUGUACUUUUUUCAAAAUAAAAAAAAAACACAGCCGGGGGGGUGCGGGUGGAGUUAGAAUAAUAUUGCAUUGUGGACCUUUUUACACAGCAUUUUACGUUUGUCACAAAUUAUGAGCCACUCUUACACGGAUGGAAGAGGUGUGUGUUUUGCCUUCAGCAGAUCUCUCCGCUCCCCUGCCCCACAAGCCCUAGGGUUGGCAUGUCAUGCUGACCUGGUUCACAGCCCCCACCCCCAGCCAAACCAUGGCUUAGUGCAGAUGGGCGAGCACCUGGCCUACAGGAGAGGAUGCUGCUGCUGCUUCCGCUGCUUUACAUUCUCCCUUUUUGUUCUGAGCUGUGCCAAGCCUAGAUUUAAAGUACAGUCGUACCUUGGAUCCCAAACGCCGCAAAACCGGAAGUGAGCGUUCCGGUUUGCAAACGUUCUUUGGAACCCAAACGUCUGACGGGGCUUCCACAGCUUCCAAUUGGCUGCAAAUCAGAAGACACGCUUUGGUUUCCAGACGUUUUGGAAGUCAAACGGAUUCCGUUCGAGGCUCAUGGUUUAACUUUUGCAGAGACACCAUGAGCCAUAAGCCACAAAUCUUGGUUAGAGUUCAUGGUUAUUCUGGCGAGAAGUAAAUCACAAGUGUAGGUUUGGAUGAUAGGCUAGGCAAAGUCAUGGCUUGUAUCAGUGGAGCAACUGGUGAGCAAAGCAGUCACAAUCCCCUCUCCUGGAGUCUGGACCCUCAGGGCUUCACUCUCAGCCAUGGUUUGACUUAGUGUGGCAUGUGAACUGGACCACAGUCACAGCGACCCCUAUGGGGAACAGCAGAGCACAGCCUUACAGCUUUUUUGUCUCCCAUUCCAAAUUCCCAUGUUUGCUCUGUAGGGAGGCAGUUUCUUGAUAGGCUUGAACUCACAAAUACACUCACCCCUGAAUAGAACACUAUAUCAGAGACAGGGGAUCUGUGGUCCUCCAAGGUGGUGUUGGACUCUUAACUCCCAUCAAUCCAGGCCACUGACCCUGCGGGCUGGGAUUGAUGCGAGUUGGGAGUCCCAACAACAACUGUAGGGCCACUGGUUCUGCUUUAUUUCAAUAAAUGGGAAUGACAGGAGGAUACUUCCUGGAGUGUUAGGUCAGGAAGAGAACACCUCUAACAGAAAGCCAGUCCCAUUUUACUACAGCAGGCUCUGCCGCUAAUUCCGUUAAGAUUGGAUGGUAGCCACAAAACUGUGCCUGAGAUUGCUGUGUAAUAACUCCUGAAUAAAUUCUCGCGUCAUCUCACCGUAUGUGAGCUGGGUGCUCUUUUAUGUAUAGAACCGUUUUCUCCAUAAAGGCAUUUGAACUCUGCCAGCUGUCUUACAUUUUUUUCACUGCAGGAGGCAAAACUCCAC